GAAACAUCAUGCUCUAAAUCAAACAUUGUUAGAUCAUCAACACACCAGAUAGAACCCAUCAUUCCUCCUCUACCUCCCACACCCAAGUCCAAGACCAAGAAGAAGAGAGUACAGAAGAUCUUGAAGGCUUCCAAUAUUCCUACCCCUCCUCUACCUUCUCCCAGACCCACUACUCAAAGGCGGUCCAGACCCCACCCUGCUUACCUUGUUUCCCCCAGCCAGGUAGCCAUGGCAUCCUUUAGUAAAGAGCGCACCCUCUCUGACACACUCAAGGGUGGGAGAGUGGACAUGGCUGGUGAUUACCAGGCAGACCAGGAAGUCCAACUUUCCCCACUAGUCAUCCCAGUUUCUGUCCCUGUCUCAGGCAAAGAAGCCCCGUUCAACAAAGCCUCUGGACAUACAAUCUCCCUGCAGAUCGAGAAGCAGCAGAAUGUCAAAUGUCUGUCCAAGAAGUCUCGUCAUCCCGGUCGUCUUUGGAGCUUGAGCACACCCAGCCUGGCGGCAAGAGGUUACCCGAGUCAGCUGCGUUCACCCACCUACCUCACCGACCAUCUGCUGAAUUUUGAUCCACCUCCCUACACUCCCCCUCCGAUGCUAAGUCCGUUACGCCCAGGAACAGGGCUCUAUUUCAACACCCUACCCCAGUACCAGCCUUGUCUUCCCCCACCUAGCAUCUGUUCCGCUUCCCUGGAUGGUAAAGACGGGAUCGCUUUAAAAUUGGAUAAUACAGUCGUCAACAUAGAACCAAAGAUCAAUGUGGGUUCACGGUUCCAGGCUGAGAUCCCUCCACUGCGCAAUCCUUUGCUUAUUCUGUACGAUGAGCACCCUGCUCAGCUCGUCUGGGCUCCAUGGGGAGAUCUGCCUACUAAUCCUGAGACACAACAGAAGGUUACAGAAUUCCUAGACAUGUGCUGUUCCAGUGUGCUACCAGGAGGGGGCACAAACACUGAACUUGCACUUCACUGCCUGCAUGAAGUCCAAGGAGACAUUCUAGCUGCACUGGAUUUGCUCUUAGUGAGAGGAGAUUAUCGGACUUCCUGCCACCCACUAAGUGACUAUCACUACACAGGAUCUGACCACUGGACUACUCAGGAGAUGAGACGCUUCCAGAAAGCUCUGAAAAAUCAGACCAAGGAUUUUCAGUUGAUUCGUAAAGCGUUGCAGACCAAGUCAGUGGCCCAGUGUGUGGAGUAUUAUUACACCAUGAAGAAGUUCAAACGGCGGUGUAGAGGAAGAGAAAACACUGAUGGAGCUGGAAGGAAUCCUGUCGGUUUAAAUAUGACUAUACAUAAAAAGCCUAUUUGUUAACAUAUGUACUGUAUACAUGAAUGUAGUCUAGUCUAAUUGUAGCAUUAUGAGAUAAUUAUUGCUCUUGCUGGAGCUUACUGUAAAUCAACACUUUAAAACAUUGGGUUUUAGGAGUCUCGCAGUGCCACAAACGAGCAGUAUGAUGAUAAAACCGAAGCCAGGAAAUCUUUAAACACACCAAAGAGAAUGCUCAUCUGCAAUUCUGCCAAAAACGGCGAACAUACCUGUGAGGAGUGUGGCAGAUCAGGAAAUGCAGAAAACUCUGCUGUACGUUUUUCAAUCUAGUACACGUUUUCUUUUGGUGUCAUGAGGUUAAUUAUAUAUACGCACACACACACACAACCAUAGAACAUGGAAAUCAUUUUUCAGGUGAUUAUGAGGUCACAGUGCACGUAUGAAAAGCCAUCAGCAGCAGCAGAGAGAUUUUUUUAAUCAUCAGGAGGUAAGGUUAAGGAGCAAACAAGUUAAAGGUCAGUUGGAGUCUUACCAACGUUACCAAAGAUCUGUCCCCAAAUCAGAACAGGGCUUCAGUUUGAACUCAAGCCGUGAUCCCAAAGUUAAAUACAAAUAUGUUCCAGUGUAAUAUCUGCGUAAUGAACGAUAUUUUGAAAAGCCAUGUUAUAAACAACGUGAAUUGUUAAAAGGACCUGUUUUUGUUCAAAUGUCCAAGUUUAAGUCAUAAAUCAAGAGGAAAAUACUUGCUGUUCAAUACCAAGUUCUUUAUACUUUUGGUACAGUAGU